CCCUCUAGACUACUUCACCUAAUAUUAUUCUGACUAUGCUAAUCAUUUGCCUCCAGGUAUUCAGAUAGUCCGUGCACAAAUAAUCAGUUCAAUCUCGAGGUUUGAUGCCCUUAGUUCGUGGAACACUCUAUUUUUCAUGCUAAUUGAUUCACUGCAGUUUGUAAAUACUGUCUUGUACGUAUUCACCGUUGUAAUGUGUGAUAUGAUAAUCGCCACGGUAUGAUAAGACCUAUCUUUAUAUAAAAUGAGCUGUCAGUUGAACCUGAUCAGUUAUCCACCCUUCAGCGAAUCCUAUUUUUACGCAGCUAUAACAAUUCCUUGGACAUUAACAAUGAGACGGCACUGGGCGGUCUCUGUGUGCCUCGCCGGACUCCUGCUCGCGGUGUAUCCUAAUAGCAUUGCUGCUAUGCAGACUGAUGAGGUGGAAGGCUCCGGUGAUGAUGUAGAUGCAACUGACUGUCCAAAGGUUGAUCCAGUAAAUAAAACCGUUUUGCUUGCCCACGAAUCAGACUGUACGAAAUUCUAUGCAUGCUCCAAUGGACGAAAAUUGCUAAUGCAGUGUGCGUUGAUGGAUGGUAUCGGAAAUCGUUUGUAUUUCAACGUGAAAUUACAAGUAUGUGAUUGGCCAAGCAGUUCUGGCUGCACGAAUAAAAAUACAACAGAGGUACCGACAGAAGGAAGUACGACGCUAGUGUCUACUGCAGGAUCAACAACUGAGAAUCCUACGGACAGGCCAACUGAUGGUGGUGCUACAGCUACAUCUACUGAAUCACCAACAACCAUUGGAAACCAAACAACACCAACUACGAAAGCUCCUGGAGACCCUACCACUGGAUUAUCUACAACUGGAGAGCCUACGACGGGUAGACCAACUACGGAAGGUACUCCUGGAAACUCUAGCGAAACUGAAAUUCCAACUGAAUGUCCCACAGUGGAUUCAGCAGAAAAAACUGUUUUUCUUGCUCAUGAGUCAGACUGCUCGAAAUUCUAUGCAUGUUCCAAUGGAAGGAAGAUCCUCAUGCAGUGUGCAUUGCUGGAUGGUGAUGGAAAUCGUUUGUACUUCAAUGUGAAACAACAGACGUGUGAUUGGCCAAGUAGUUCCGGCUGCAUAAAUAAAAAUACAACAGAUGUACCCGCAGAAGGAACGACACCUGCACCGACUGAAGAGCCCGCAACAACUGCAAAGCCAACGGAUGACCCCAUUGCAAAUUCUACAACUGAGGGACCGAUAACGACCGGAAGAACUACAAAUCAACCCACCGAAGGUACCACAGAUUCAGCUCCGACAACGACUGAGGAGUCGGUAGUAACUGGAGAACCUACCGAUCAACCAACAACAAAUAUUCCCUCGAAUUCUACUUCGGAUUCUGCAACUGGAAGUACUUCAAAUCAACCAACGACAGAAAGGACCACAGACUCUGGUACAGAUACUAUAGUGACUGAGGAACCUACACAGGAACCAAUUACAGAAGUCACUGUGCCAUCAACAACCGAACUAUCUACAACAACUGGAAAUCCUUCUCAGCGACCGACUACUGAAGUUACCACACUACCAACCACUGAUUCAUCUCCAACAACAGAGGGUCCUGGUCACAACCCUAGCACUGACGAUGGGACUGACGCUGGUACGGAAUCACCUACAACUGGAUAUCGUACUGAAUCACCUGCUGAAGGUUCUACGAACUCCAUUACUGAUUCAUCUACAACGACUAAAAGAUCUACAGAUGGGCUGACAACGGAAGCUGAAUCACCUGAAACGUCUCAGUCCACCGACAAGGCAACCACAGGAGGUCCUGAGCAAUCGACUACUGAAGAAACAACGACUGAACAUUGGAGAACAACGGAGCCAAUUACAGACGGUACCACACAAUUUACAACCGAAUCUACUACGUUUUCAACCACCGAAAUAACGACUGCGGGGACUGGUCUCGGCUCCACCACAGAACUUACAGAACGACCCGCUACUGAAGAGUCCACCACAUCCGAAUCAAGUACAGAGGGUACGACUCAUAUUAGUACAGAAGUACCUGCGACGACUGAAGGAGCUACUAAAGAACCAGUGACUGAAAGUACGACAGAAGUAACGACCGAAGGCUCAUCCACUUCUGAGAAGUUCACAGAUUCAGAUGGGACCACAAACCCCAGCAGUGAACAGCCGCAAACGACGGAAGGACAUGGAGAUCAGACAAGUACAGAAGGUAGUGCUUAUCCUAGUACUGAAUCACCUACAGGGGACAGCACGACUAAUUCUGCCACCACCCGACCAGCGACGUCGCAAGAACCAACAUCCGAGUCGGGUACAGAAAGCACGACUCACCUGAGUACUGAAAUACCUGCGACGACGGCAGAGGCCACACAGACACCCACGACAGAGAGUACGACCCAACUUACAACUGAACAAUCUUCAACUUCUGAGGAAUCGACACCCACCGAUGGGACAACAGACGUCUCCAGUGAAUGGCCUGAAACGACUGAAGAACGUGGGCACGAAUCGAGUACAGAAGGCAGUACUUAUCCUAGCACUGAAUUACCUGCAACGACGGAACAAGCUACACCGAGACCAACAACGGAGGGUAGUACCACUGAUUCUAGUGACCAACCUGGUGCUACUGACGCUAGCACCAGCAUCGCCACGACCACAGAGGGGUCCACAACAGAAUAUUCCUCUACUGCCCGACCGUCCUCUCCCCCGACAACUCUAGAACCCACGAUACCAGACAUUGACGAUUUAUGUCCAUCCAGUGGAUCAAAAAAUGGACAAUUUUACCCCCACGAGUGUAGCUGCGAUAGAUACUAUAUUUGUUCGGAGGCAGGACUUGUUCUUCAUCAAUGUUCCGAGAAGACUCACUUCAACCCAAAGAGUGACGGUUGUGACGAACCUGAAAAUGCCGGCUGUUCAGGAUCACCAUCUGCAGCGCAGCCCUCACCAGCUCCAGCCAAAGCUAUUGCUACUGAAUGCCCGACUGGUGAUUCUGGUUCACCCGUCCGGAUUGCACAUCCAACGAACUGCACAUUGUAUUACAAAUGUGUUGAAGGAGAAAAAAUAUCGAAGUCCUGUGAACCUGGACUUCAUUUUAAUCCAGGACAGCAGGUCUGUGACUGGCCAGAGUCAGCCGGCUGCAUUGCAAGAGAACCAGCACCUCUUCCUCCAGUAACUUCGACAAUCCCAACAUCAUCAGACUGUCCUCAAGACAGCAACCGAACACUCAUUCCUCAUGAAAUUAGUUGCUCCAUGUUCUACAUAUGUGAUAAGGGACAAAAAAAAUUGGCGAGUUGUGUACCAGGACUUGAAUUUAAUCCAAAUUUGCGCAUCUGCGAUGCUCCUGGGUCUUCAGGCUGUAGGAAUUCGUCGGACGCCACGAAAACACAGGCUGCAGUAAUUGCUAAUGAUUUCUAUCUCAGAAUAUCAGAUCCGGGUGAGGCACUUUUAGAAGAAUUGAAUAAUUUCAAUCACCAUGGUUCAUCUGGUUCAAUCUCCCACGUGCCCGAUGAUGAUACUCGCGGAUGCAUUGGAAAAUGCCCACAGAGAAAUCCAACCGAGGCUGUUCAACUACCACAUCGCGACUGCAACAAAUUCUGCAAGUGCAACUUUACGACUCCGCAAGUACUUAAGUGCCCUCCAUCUCUAUAUUACAACCCUGUGGAACGAGUUUGUGAUUACCCACAAAGCGCCGGCUGCAAGGGACACCGUGUCAACCAAAUGUUCUAUUUACGACUGAUGUUACUACUAAUGGAUAAGGCAGAUACUAUCAAUGGUAUCAAUUUUGGGAGUAAUAAACAGGGCCGCCUGUAUCUGGAGAUAAGCCAAACUCCGGUUAUUAUAAAAGACUUAUCCAGGUGGUUACAAUCAGUUCGCCGAAUUUCUAUUGUUGUGACCCUUUUUUUUGAUCAGAAAAUUCUGCAUACCAUACUCAUGAAUCGAUACUCCUCACUGACAUCUUAUUUUUUUCAUAAAGGGCCGUGGUCCAUCACCAUUUGCCUAGCGCUAGUGCUCUUUGAAAUAUAUGCUGAGGAAUUCGAAGUGAAAAGUUCGUCCAAUUGUCCUAACGAUAAUUUAUGGCAUGCUGUUCCUCAUGAGUAUGAUUGUACAAAGUAUUAUAUAUGUGAUGGAGGAAAGAAGAUACUCAUGUUAUGUGGAUAUGGAUAUGGCUUAGAAACUCGCCUGCAUUUCAAUAAAAUCAUAGAAACAUGUGAUUGGCCAACCCAAGCAGGUUGCACUAAUAAAGACACUACGACAAUCACAAUGUCUUCAUCCAUAAUGACUACGAAACAUGAAGAAGUUACCUUGCAUCCAAACAUACAACAACUCUGCCCCCCGGAUGGCUCCAAGAACGGCACUUUCUACCACCACGAAUUAAGUUGUGAAAAAUACUACAUCUGUUUAAACGCUAUGUUAAUAAUUCAGGAAUGUUCAGGAGGUAAACAUUUCAAUCUGGAAAGUCGCACGUGUGAGGACCCUGAAAAGUCCGACUGUUCGAUGUCGCUAAUAACGAAUGAAUCUCCGUUGGCGACGGAGGAUAAUGAUUCUAAAGACUGGUCUACAUCGACUGCACCUUCUCCACAGGUACCACAUACCACUCGUACUGAGUCGUCUUCAACUGAAUAUUGUACUUCGACAUCGCCUACCGAUUCUACACAAACAUCAACCGAGCCUUCGUCGGGAACCCCGUUGAUCAGUUCUACUGAGUUGUCAUCAACAGAAUCAUCACCUAUCAUACCCUCCACAAACCCUAGUCAACACCAGUCAACUCAGGCAUCUCCUGGAUCAUCAACUCCCAGUUCUACGGAACCGUCGACCAGAACAGAUGAUCCUUCUUUGCCACCGAUUGAUUCCACAACUUCCUCAUCAACGGAGUCUGGGACUGAGACACCAAAUGUCAUUCCUACCGAAUGUCCCAAAGAAGAUUCUGAUAAACCCGUUCGAAUCCGCCACCCCAGCAACUGCUCCUCAUACUUCGAAUGUAUCAAAGGAGAAAAAGUCCUUAAAAACUGUUCAGAGGGUUUUCAUUUUAAUCCAAUUCUGCAGAUGUGUGAUUGGCCAGAUGCAGCGAAGUGUGUUCACACAACCACCGCAUGUCCCGAUCACGGAAAAAUAGCGAUUCCUCAUGAAAACGAUUGCUCUCGUUACUACGCAUGUAAUAAUGGGAAGCAAUUAUUGCAGAAAUGUGUACCAGGACUCGCAUUCAAUCAAAAACUUUCUAUCUGUACUUGGGCGAAAGACAUUGGCUGCACCACAACUACAAGUGACGACGCAAGAAUUUGGAUUUCCUCGAUGAGACAUCAGAAUAGAAUAGUUGGUGAUAUAUCAGGAAUAGUUUCGACGAAGAUUCAGUCAACGUCCAGUAUUUUAAAAACAGACAAAAAGCAUGGAAACUUGAGUAUGGAGCGAUUUUGUUUUCACUCCGAUGUCUUAGCCACGGAUUACUAUAAAAAAGACAAGAAAUUCAUACGCGGUCCCAAUAGCCAGAGACCAGUAUUUUUUUUCUGGUACGACAUUAAGAGCUUUAAGGAGAUAAACGUUUGUAGUUUAUAUCACUUCGACAAAGAAAUAAAUGAAUUUACAUCAGUUAUAUGGUAUAUAGAGAAGCAACUGUGUAAACGGCAAUUACAAGCACACAGUCUUGCCUGUGGCACAGUCCGAAUGAGCAAAUAUACGUACCACUUACAAUUCUACCAUUUUUGUGCCAUUGUCAGACUACCUCGCCUUCCACAUGCGAAUUUAAAUGCUGAAUACUUAAGAAAAUUUUUACGUCCCUCGACAAUUGUCAAAGAACUCUUGAUCAAUGAUAUCUUCCUCUUAAUCAGCGGAGUACUCAGACAUAAUGAUCAAAAAUUUUGGGAUAAUAUAAAAGCUUCCAAUUCCGAAGAUGUUUGCCACUUCACUCGUGUCAGUCGAAACGCCAUGAAAUCUUACAUUGUCUUGAUCGUAGUGAGUGCACUCUUCAGUGCUACUGCAGGAAAAGAGGAUGCCACCAAAGGUUGCAUUGGACGAUGUCCAGCGAUAAACCCCAACAAUGAUGUUUAUUUACUACCCCACACCAAUUGCUCCCAAUACUGCACCUGCAACUAUGGAACACCUUUUGUAAUGCCCUGCCCACCGGGCCUCCAUUUCUCAACGAAAGACAAGACCUGCGAUUGGCCAGCACAAGCCAAGUGCAAAACUGCUCGACUGAUUAAUGAACCAAUGGUAUUCCUGCAUGAUAGGAGGCAAGAUAGUCCAUUCGCUCACUCCGAAAAUAGCCCAUGCUUUGGAAACUGCCCUGCUACCGAUAUACCUCACCUGAUACUGACCCUGGAACAUCAGGAAUGCGAUAAAUACUGUAAAUGCAGCAGGGGAGUUCCUUCUGAGCACAAAUGCCCAUUGGGUUUUCACUUCAGUCCAGCAUUGGCAACCUGUACCUAUCCGGAACAAGCCCAAUGUCCACGAUGGCCACCUACUCAAUGUCCUGAUACACCUAAGCCAACUGUCACUGUCACACAUACUGCAACUGCCUCAGUAACUCCAACUAAAACGGUCACAGCUACUCAAACUCUACCAAUAACUUCAACUGUCACCAUCACACACAAGCCAACCACAACUAUAAUUCCAACAGUGACUGUAACACACAAUCCAACCACAACUAUAAUUCCAACAGUGACUGUAACACACAAUCCAACCACAACUAUAACUCCAACAGUGACUGAGACACACUAUCCAACCACAACUAUAACUCCAACAGUGACUGUAACAGACAGUUCAACCACAACUAUAAUUCCAACUCAUACCGUAACGGUCAGCCCACCAGGAACUAUUACAGUUCCUCCCCCGAUACAUGGCAAUGGUUGCAUCGGUAAAUGUAUGAAGGAUAAUCCUGAAGAUGUAGAGCAGCUACCCCAUCAGUUAUGCAGUAAAUUCUGCAAAUGCGACUUUAAGAAGCCCGUGGUAUUUGAAUGCCGACGAGGUCUUUACUACAAUCCGAAGAAGAGAAUUUGCGAUUACCCUGAGGAUGCUCACUGUGAGGGAAUUAAGGACUAACCUCCUCCAUCAAACAAAUGGAUAUUGAAAAUGGAUGGAUCAAUGUGGUAAUCGGACAUUGCUGAUAUCCUAAAUAUCUUAUCAUUUUUUAACGUACGAAUUUUCGAUUCGGCCUGACAGUGUGGAAUUAUCAAUCUACAUACCUAUUGUUAUAAAACACUGUAUCAUAAUUAUGUAUGUAUAAUGAUGAACAUUUUCUUAAUUACCCAUAAAGCCAAUGCUUACGUCAUGAAA